AUGCAAAAAUUUCCUCAGCUAUUCAGACGUGGAAACUGCGGGGAAGGUUCUAUUAAUGAACAUAACAUUUUGCGGUUCCAAUGUGGUUUCAACAUACCCGAACAUUGUAGAUUCAGGAUUGGUGAAUUUGUGAUUCCUGAAAUUGCAAUUAGAAUUGAAAAAAAAACAAUAGUAGAGAUUGAAUUAGAUAAAUGCGAAAGAAGUAUAUUCCCAUUUGAAUUUGUGACACUUGAAUCAGAGAUUUUUGGUAUAAUUCGUGUACAUAUCACGCAUACACACAUUGAACAUAAUGAGGAAACUAGUUCUUUUACUAGUAGUCAUUCUUCGACUGAUAUUUCUACUGAAGAAUGUAAUGUGUAG